ACGCGUUGGCGGCCGUGACGUCUCCGCGGCGGCCGGGGGGUUGCAGGAGCCAUGGCGGCCCCGCUGGCGGCGGCGGGCGGCGGGGGGACAGCGGCGGCGGCGGCGGCGGCGGGGAGGGGCGGCCGCGGGCCGGCGCUGCGGGAGGGGGCGCGGGUGUCGGCGCUGUGCCUGGCCUGGUACGGGCUGAGCGCCGGCGGGAACGUGGUGAACAAGCUGCUGCUCGGCAGCUUCCCGCGGCCCGUCACCGUGUCGCUGUUCCACAUCCUGGGGCUGUGCGGGCUCCUGCCGCCGCUGCUGCGCGCCUGGCGGGUGCCGCCCGCCGGCCCGGCCCAGCUGCCGCCCCGCGCCUACCCCCGCUACAUCCUCCCGCUCGCCUUCGGCAAGUACUUCGCCUCCGUGUCCGCGCACGUCUCGCUCUGGCGGGUCCCGGUCUCCUACGCGCACACAGUCAAAGCGACGAUGCCGAUAUGGGUGGUUCUUCUUUCGCGGAUCAUUAUGAAGGAAAAGCAGACGACAAAGGUGUACUUGUCUCUGAUCCCCAUCAUAACCGGUGUCCUGUUGGCCACCGUCACGGAGCUUUCCUUUGACAUGUGGGGACUCAUCAGUGCACUUGCUGCUACUCUGUGUUUUUCACUUCAGAACAUCUUCUCAAAGAAGGUGUUACGAGAUUCCCGAAUACAUCAUCUUCGGUUGCUGAACAUACUCGGGUGCCAUGCCGUGUUCUUCAUGAUUCCCACGUGGGUGCUGGUAGAUCUUUCUUCCUUCUUAGUAGAGAACGACUUGAGCACGAUGUCUCAUUGGCCCUGGACCUUGAUGCUGCUUAUAAUCAGUGGAUUCUGUAAUUUUGCCCAGAAUGUCAUUGCCUUCAGUAUUCUUAACCUGAUCAGCCCACUAAGUUACUCUGUCGCAAAUGCCACAAAAAGAAUCAUGGUCAUCACAGUGUCCCUUAUAAUGCUUCGCAAUCCGGUUACGAGCACCAACGUCCUGGGCAUGAUGACAGCUAUUCUAGGGGUCUUCUUAUAUAACAAGACAAAAUAUGAUGCAAACCAAGAAGCAAAGAAGCAGCUACUUCCAGUUACAACUGCAGACCUUGUGAAUUUGGACCGGCAUCGAAACACUCCUGAAAAGUCUCCGAACGGACUGACGGCAUUUGCACAGCAUGGAGACUAUCAAUACGGUCGAACAAAUAUCUUAACAGACCACUUCCAAUAUAAUCGGCAAAACUACCCAACUACCUACAACUUAAAUCGUUUUGAUAUAUAGAAUCCUGGCAAACAGGUUUUGCAGAAGGGGAGAUGCAUGUGUAGGGAAAGCGGUACCGACCUUCACCUUCUGCUCAGCACACCUUGAAACGUGAAACAGCCCAGAUCUGGCACUGGAACCAAACGCGGAGUGUAGCUCUUGUACAGAGAUUCUGGAGAAAUGCACGUGCAGAAGUUCAGAGUAAAAUCUCUGCUGUCACUCCUUUUCAGAGUCUGUCAACUGAUUCUUCUUUUGGCAGCUGAAUUCUGGCCAGUAUUUUGUUUCCACGCUGGUAACAUCACCUUUAAUUUGUUCUCUGAUACGUUUUAAUGAUACUUUCUUUUAAUGAAACUUUCAGAAAGCAGUGAAAGCAAGGCGUGCUUCUGGUUGUCAGGAUUUGUCCAUCUGAGGAGGUUUGACUUUAUCUGUCAGUUGCAGACAGGCGAGCUGAAUUCAUCUCGAGCAACUGCGAAACUUCCUGUGGGUAUUUGUGACUUUGUGCCUACGCCAUCAGUUUUCGAUGACAAACCAGAAGCGUUUCUGAAAGAGCAGACGGUAGAAAGAUCGAUCUCUUCCAGAAGCCUCCUCCAGGCCUAGAGAAACACAGUUCUCUAAAAUCACUGUUGUCCCAGUCACUGUAGAUAACAAACUGCGCUGAAGACCGUAAUUGUUUUCUGAGUAAUGCAGUCCUGUAACUCCAGACAUUGCUCUUCUCGGCAAUACAGAAAACACCUUCACAAAUAAAGUGUUUGGAAUAAUA